AUGGCUGCUCGAAUUUUUGGAACUGCGUUUGAAGUUGGCAUUGAGAGAAAAGAUACCUUCCAGGUUACGACUACAAAGAAAUCCAGCGUAGUGAGAGUCCAACAAUUCAAAAAUCCAACGGACGAGCCUAAGGUUAUACCUCUUGAUGCUAAUGGCCAUGAUGCUCGCAGUUCUAUAGAUGAAGGUAGUAUCAUAUUCUACUAUGACAUGAGGCAAUGGGCACCGUUGCCGGAUACGAGCAAGUAUUUUAGUACAACAUCUUUUAUGGAAGGCACCUUGACACAAGAAUUUUACCAUGGUUGUCUAGAGGACACUGGAAAGCUAACCGAUUUCGCGAGUCCUCCUAGAGAAAAUCAUUACGUAGGAGUACAAAUUUGUCCUGAAUGCGUAGCAGAUGCUGAUCAUGAUCGAUGCAUAGAGAUUCUUGAGAUUUCUUGA